AGAAGUGGGGCUCAGGUGUAAGAGGAGUGCAUCCCGUCGGCGCGCGGGGCUAGAUCUCUCGGAGAAGCGGGACUGCGAGGCCGGCGCGCGGCGCUCUGCGCGGUCAGAGGGAGCGCCCGGCGGCAGCAGGAGCAGCAGCAGCAGCAGCAGCAGCCCGCGGCGCGGCCGCCGCCAGCCGCAGCGACCGCCGCGGCUGCAGCCUCCGAAGGGAGGCCGGGGGAGCCGGCGUGCGCACUUUCCCGCGGACUUUCGGAGUGUUUGUGGAUAUACAUGCCAAACCGCCACGAUGAUGUCCAUGAACAGCAAGCAGCCUCACUUUGCCAUGCAUCCCACCCUCCCUGAGCACAAGUACCCGUCGCUGCACUCCAGCUCCGAGGCCAUCCGGCGGGCCUGCCUGCCCACGCCGCCGCUGCAGAGCAACCUCUUCGCCAGCCUGGACGAGACACUGCUGGCGCGGGCCGAGGCGCUGGCGGCAGUGGACAUCGCCGUGUCCCAGGGCAAGAGCCAUCCUUUCAAGCCGGACGCCACGUACCACACGAUGAACAGCGUGCCGUGCACGUCCACGUCCACCGUGCCGCUGGCGCACCACCACCACCACCACCACCACCACCAGGCGCUCGAGCCUGGCGACCUGCUGGACCACAUCUCCUCGCCAUCGCUAGCGCUCAUGGCCGGCGCGGGCGGUGCGGGUGCGGCGGGCGGCAGCGGCGGCGCCCACGACGGCCCGGGGGGCGGUGGCGGCCCGGGCGGUGGCGGCGGCCCGGGCGGCGGUGGCCCCGGGGGCGGUGGCGGUGGCGGCGGCCCUGGGGGCGGCGGCGGUGGCCCGGGCGGCGGGCUCUUGGGCGGCUCCGCACACCCACACCCGCAUAUGCACGGCCUGGGCCACCUGUCGCACCCCGCGGCGGCGGCCGCCAUGAACAUGCCGUCUGGGCUGCCGCACCCCGGGCUGGUGGCAGCGGCUGCACACCAUGGUGCGGCAGCGGCAGCAGCGGCAGCAGCGGCCGGGCAGGUGGCGGCGGCGUCGGCGGCAGCGGCUGUGGUGGGCGCGGCGGGCCUGGCGUCCAUCUGCGACUCGGACACGGACCCGCGCGAGCUCGAGGCGUUCGCAGAGCGCUUCAAGCAGCGGCGCAUCAAGCUGGGUGUGACGCAGGCCGACGUGGGCUCGGCGCUGGCCAACCUCAAGAUCCCGGGCGUGGGCUCGCUCAGCCAGAGCACCAUCUGCAGGUUCGAGUCGCUCACGCUCUCGCACAACAACAUGAUCGCGCUCAAGCCCAUCCUGCAGGCGUGGCUCGAGGAGGCCGAGGGCGCUCAGCGUGAGAAAAUGAACAAGCCUGAGCUCUUCAACGGCGGCGAGAAGAAGCGCAAGAGGACUUCCAUCGCGGCGCCUGAGAAGCGCUCCCUUGAGGCCUACUUCGCAGUGCAGCCGCGGCCCUCGUCCGAGAAGAUCGCUGCCAUCGCAGAGAAACUGGACCUCAAAAAGAACGUGGUGCGGGUGUGGUUUUGCAACCAGAGACAGAAGCAGAAGCGGAUGAAAUUCUCUGCCACUUACUGAGGGGGCUGGGAGAUGUCGGGCGGGGCAGAGUGGGGAGCCCAGGGGCAUUUUUGGGGGGCUUUCCUCUGCCUGCCUCCCCUCGGAUUUGUGUCCGUUAUCCUGCCUGGGUUUGGGGAGUCCCUCCUUUCGCUCUUUCCUCUGCCCCCUCUCUGCUUUCUCUGCCCGCGGGUUCCCCCAGCCUUAAGGACUGGGGUGCUGGGUGUAGGGAAUGGAAUAGAGGGUGGGGGAGAAGUGGGGAGCAUUAGGGAGAGAGGGGAGUGGGGGGAAGGAAAGCGGAGACCUGAGCAGGGUUUUUAAGGAGCAGGAUGGUUCUGGGGUUUGGGUGGGGGGAGAUGCGGGAAGGGUAGGAAAAUGGACUGUUUUUGACCAGAGACACUUACCUAAAUCUCCUGGGGACCAAGGAACUAUGUACAAAACAAAUCUACCAACCACCAAAAACUAGACAAAUAAAGGCAAACUAAAACAAAACAGAACAAAAGCAAAGGAAAAUGCUUUAGAAAUUUAACUCCGGGGAGCCAUAUUGUGCAGCUUCAUUUCCCCCAAUGGAAGAGAAAAAAGAGCACCACCGUUAUUACCACCUCCCCAACCCUACACACAAGAACUGAGUCAAAAAACGAAAACCAAACAAACCGGAAGUUGAAGUUCUGGAUAGCAAAGCUAGUUAUUCUCUCUGCGUGUUUAAUUUUUCCUCUAAAUCUCACCUCCACCCUAUCCAUAUCCUCUGUUUCCUUCAUUCCAGUUCCAAUGAGAUGCCAAUGGCUGCUCUCGAACGCGGGGAAGUGAGUGGGAGCACAGCUGAAAAGACGGUGUCAGGGGGAGGCUGGGUGCUUGCUUAGGUGGAAUCCAAGUUUUCCCGUGGCCCUGCCUAAUACACUGGUGGCCUGGUCCUGGUGGGGUGGAGGUCUUUGGAAAGAGGGGCAUAGUCUUUGAGCUAACUAAAAAGCAGAAUUCCCGGGCUUCAAGAUAACUUAUUCUAGGAAAAUGAAACCAUUUUAACAAGUUUUUUUUCUCUCUCUCUCUUUCUUAUAUCGAAGAUCUAAUUUUAGGCAAUUUCAAAAUAAGUUUUUUCCCACGCAUAGAACAAGUUUGUUUUUUUUUUUCCUCUUAUAUCGAAGAUCUAAUUUUAGGCAAUUUCAAAAUAAGUUUUUUUCCCACGCAUAGAACUUUAACUUGGCCUUUCAUUUUUUUUUUUUUUUUUUUUUUUUUUAAGAGAGGUUUAAACUUUUUUCCCCUCUGUGGAUUCAAAUAGACUGAUGGGGUGAAAGUUACUAGGAGAGAUACUUUCUCCUGUUUUCUCCACUGAACAAGACUCAUUUUGUUCUUCUAGGUCCCCUUUUUUCCUCUCUUGGAGACCAUGAAAUUAAUGAAAUGUUGGGAAGUUCCUGCUUUCUGUUGGGGCAGGGCUUGUUUGUGAGAAAAUCACCCUAAUCCCAGAAAAGAGGAAGAGAGAUUUAAAGUGCCCUCACCUCCAUUUGUUUCAAAGAGCUCUCUGCUUGUUGGGGGAAAACAGAACAACUGUUUCCUUUUAAUUGUUCUUAUUCAAGAGUCAUUUAUUACUGGGGAUAAAUGUUGGGUAGCAGGAACUUUAAUUUGCACUGUCAGUCUCCCGAAUAGAAAAUCCUUUAUAGUAUUUCAUAGUAAUAAUCAGGUACCUUACAAGCUGCUGUUGGAUUUAAAAAAAUAAGAUACUUCAGGUGGUUAGGUAAAAUGCCUGCUUUGUGUACAAGAUAUUCUUUGGAUCUCUUGUGGAGAUGGUUUGUUGCCAUCCUUUAAUCAUAACUAAAACACUGAAAGCAGAACAAAUGAGAAAAGAAAAAAACCUGCCGAGACUGAAAUCAUGCAUGAUCUGAAAGGCUUGGAAAGAAAUACAAUUAGGUCUCACUCUGGUUAGGCAUUAUUUAUUUAAUUAUGUUGUAUAUCAUUGUUUGCAGAGCAAACAUUCUAUGCAUUUGAAACUGAGCACUAAACUGGGCUAGCUUUCUGGUAGACCGUUUUGUGGAUAGUGCGAUUUCACAGUCUACUGCCUGUUUCCACUGAAAACACAUUUUUGUCAUAUUCUUGUAUUUAAAGGAAAAGGAAAAAAGGAAGAUUAUUGUAAAUAUUUUAUUUAAUGCACACACUCACACAGUGGUUACAAACUGCCAGUGUUCAUCCUGAAAUGUCUCACAGAUUGAUCUACCUGUCCAUGUUUGUCUGCUGAGCUUUCUCCUUAAUUAUGUCUUUUCUCUUUCACCUUUCCCCUCCCGUACUUCUAUCAGAACCAAUUCUGUGCGCCAAAAUACAACAGGGGGAUGUGUCCCGGUACACGUACAAAUAAAACAUAACUGAAAGAAGA